GACCAUCAGAAAAUCUUGGGCAAGUGCUGUUUGGGGAGAGAAUAGCAUCAUCUCCUUAUAAGGUUAUUUUAUACCUUAAACAUGAUCCUGGUUUUAUUGGAGGACUGUCUUUUUGAGGGCUAUAAUCCAUAGGCAUAGCAGAGGGAUUAAUAACUGUGUGGUGGUGUUGUUCUUUUUUUCUCCGUUUAAACUUGACAUUGUUUUUGGGAUAAAAACAAACAAAAAAUGUUCUUAUCCCGAAGGCAUCUUAGGGUGGCUAAUUGAAGUUAGGGUGCCGAGCCAGUAAUCACUCUUCUUUACUGUUCCUUUGUGAUAGAGGAAUCUAGAAACUAUACAUAAUGUUAGGUGAUACAAAAUCAUUCUUUUUAAACUGUAAUGUUGGAGGCUGUAAGCUGCUGUUUCAGGUAUAGCUUGUUUGUGCUGUCAGGGAAUUUCCAGAGUAGGGUUGAAAGCCAAGGUGGGGCUCAUUCCCAGCUUUUUCCUGCUUGUGUACAUUUAAUAUCUGUUGUCUACAAUCAGAACUUUCAUUUUUGUUGCAUGUCAUCUGUCUAUGAAGUCUUUGGUAAAAUAAAGAUAUGCAAGUGUUCUGUAAAUUAGGUAUGCGUUCUUUCUUCUGUACAGUAUUAGCAAUGAGUUAAAAAGUAGCAUCUAUCUUGUUACAUACAAAAAGUAGCAUCAUCAUGUUACAUACUGGGCAGUCAGUUUGGGAAAAUUACUGGCAAUAAAAGAGACGUGGUCCAACCAUGGCUCUUAGUGCCUCAAAGCUGUAUGCUGUUCAACUGCAGUUUCCAAAUUGAGAAUUCCUGAUGAAGCUGAAAACCGAACUAUGAUUCUGUGUGAGUGUUUCUAGAUAAUCCAAAUCCCCACAAAACAAUGAAGCAGCAGAGUUUCAGUCUACUGCUGCUCAGUCACUGGGGACCUAGCCACGUCUUUUCAUAGAACUGUUAAGGAGAUGAUGCCACCUCCCUUGUGUAAGCUGUUCCUGGAAACCUCCUCUUCCUUGGUUUUCUCAGCUAGUACAGUCUCAAGUCUUACAGCUGCUGGCCACAUGAGGCUUUUAAAUGUGAAGCAUGGUGUGUCAUUUGGGUUUAAUACUCAUGGACCAGUUCACUUUUAAGAAGCAGGAAACAUGUAAGAAAGUUUGUACGAGGUCUUAUGACCCAGAAAACAGUGCUGAUAAAAGCAAGCUGGCUUUUUUGAAGAAAGGAAUGCAGCUGAAUUAUCAACAUCACUGGAUUAUUGAUAACAUGCCUGUGACAUGGUGCUAUGAUGUGGAGGAUGGACAAAAAUUCUGUAAUCCAGGAUUCCCAAUAGGAUGUUUCGUUACUCCAGAUGGUAGAGUUAAAGAUGCUUGUGUUAUAAAUUCAGAGUUUAACAAGAAGAACACUUUUUACCUCUUCAACCACGUUGAUAUAACAAUCAUGUACCAUAGUGGGAAGGAUGAAAACUGGCCUGGUGCAAGACUGGUGAUGGCACGACUGAGACCGCAAAGCUACAAACACACAGAUGAAAACAACUUAAGCUGUGAAGGUCCGCCUAUGGAGAUUCCUGGAGAAUUCACCAACAAACUGAAUUUGAUCUAUACUUACUCAGUGACAUUUGAAGAAAAGAAUAAUAUUAAAUGGGCUUCCAGAUGGGACUACAUCUUGGAGUCUAUGCCACACACAAACAUCCAGUGGUUUAGUAUAAUGAAUUCCCUUGUAAUUGUUCUCUUCUUAUCCGGCAUGGUGGCUAUGAUCAUUUUGAGGACUCUUCAUAAAGAUAUUGCAAGAUAUAACCAAAUUGACUCUUCUGAAGAUGCCCAAGAGGAAUUUGGCUGGAAGCUGGUUCACGGAGAUGUGUUCAGACCUCCAAGGAAGGGGAUGUUACUGUCUGUCUUCUUGGGUCAAGGAACACAGAUUUUCAUUAUGACUUUUAUUACUCUGUUCCUAGCUUGCCUUGGUUUUCUUUCUCCUGCCAACCGUGGUGCUUUGAUGACCUGUGCAGUCGUACUGUGGGUCCUACUAGGAACUCCAGCUGGUUAUGUGUCUGCUAGAAUGUACAAGACAUUUAGAGGCGAGAAGUGGAAGACAAAUGUUUUGCUUACAGCUCUGCUUUGCCCUGGGAUUGUCUUUGCUGAUUUCUUCAUUAUGAACCUGAUUCUGUGGGUGAAAGGAUCUUCAGCUGCCAUCCCUUUUGGUACUUUGGUUGCUAUCCUAGCCAUGUGGUUUGGAAUUUCAGUCCCACUGACCUUUAUCGGUGCAUAUUUUGGCUUCAAAGAGAAGCCUAUUGAACACCCAGUUCGUACAAACCAGAUUCCUCGCCAAAUCCCGGAACAGUCCUUUUUCACAAAACCAUUGCCUGGUAUCAUAAUGGGGGGCAUCUUGCCCUUUGGCUGCAUUUUCAUUCAACUCUUCUUCAUUCUGAAUAGCAUUUGGUCACAUCAAAUGUACUACAUGUUUGGUUUCCUGUUCCUAGUUUUUAUAAUUCUUCUCAUUACGUGUUCUGAGGCUACGGUUUUGCUGUGCUACUUCCAUCUCUGUGCAGAGGAUUAUCACUGGUGGUGGAGGUCGUUCUUGACAAGCAGCUUUACAGCUGUUUAUCUCUUUAUCUAUGCAGUCCAUUACUUCUUCUCUAAACUCCAGAUAACAGGAACUGCUAGCACCAUCUUAUACUUUGGUUACACAAUGAUCAUGGUCUUGAUUUUUUUCCUUUUCACAGGGACUAUUGGAUUUUUCGCCUGCUUCUGGUUUGUAAGUAAGAUUUACAGUGUUGUGAAAGUGGACUGAAAAGCUUCAAAGUGUCUUUUGAACAUAUCUCCCUUGCUGUUUGAUAAUUUUUUUUUACCAUGUAUUGAGAAACAUGCUGUGUAGUUCUAAUUUGUGAAAGCAAAGAGCAGACUACAGCGUAAAAUAGAGGCUUUCACGGAAGGAAAUGGCACCACUGGACAAAUGUUUACAUCACAGUACUCACGGAACAUGUUAAUUUUAAUCAUUCUAAAAAUUGUAUCCAAAAUUUGAUAGAGAACAAAUAAAAAUCCCACAAACUAGUUUAUUGCAGUAAUGACUGCAUUAUACAGUUCUCCAACAGGAAUUUAUUGGUGGUUUUUUUUUUUCUUUUUGUUACCUCUCUUGAUUUCCAGUUGUAUACCAUCAAAGCACAGGACUAUCAAGUAAUUCAAUGUAAAAUGUGAAUUUUUAACUUAACUAUGAUUGUACAUAUUAUCCCGCACCUUCUUUACGACUAGGUAUCUUCUUACAAAUGUACAUGCAUUUAGUGUAAUGUAGACUUUAUUAAAAAUACCAACACUGGUUUUUGUUCAAAUAAAACUGUACAACUCCA